AUGGCGAAAGCUUCCCAUACAUUGCAAAAAGGUGCUGUCGUCCAGCACACCGCCAAAGCCCAUAACCUGAAAGGUCAGCCUGAAGGGAGCAUGGAAUCUUUGGCAACAACCAUUCGUUUCGUCACGCUGAACUGCCGAACACUAUCGAGUGAACUCCAACAAGCCGCUCUAUCCAGACUUCUUCGAUAUCUCUGUGUGCCUUUUGCUGCAGUACAGGAAACACGCAUGAGGGAUCAGCCCGUCAUCAGCAUCGAAAAUUACACCAUAUACUGCGGCGAUGCUGAUGAGAACAAAGUAGGUGGCUGCGCGAUAGCUGUGAGGAACGAUUACAAGAACCUGGUGGAGGAAUUUGGCUCAACGUCGUCUAGAUGCGCCUUUCUACGACUGCGGGAUCGCAGAGGACGUAAACUCUGGAUCGUAAGUGCUCACGCACCUACGGAAACCGCUGAGGACAACAGUAAGGACGCCUUCUAUGAUGAACUCAAUGGGUUGAUGUCUAAAAUAGCAAGCCAGCAGGUGGUCAUUGUCGGAAUCGACGCAAAUGCGAAGAUGGGACUCGAACAGCAAUCCGAUGUGCUAGGAAAAUGGCGUUAUCCAGCGAAGCGAACGUUGGACAACGGUGACCGUCUGGUCGACUUGUGCGAACAGACGGGCCUCAUCAUCGCCUCCACGUUUAAGAGGAAUCAUCGACGCCAUCAGCUCCCGUGGCAGGAGUCAACCCUUUUAACGCCUGAAGAGCAGCGCAAGCGGAGGAUGAGGACUCUUAAGCUUCAGCUCGACUACGUUCUGGCGAGGAACAUUCCUCAGUCAGAUAUCCAGAAAUCUAGAGCUGUUCGCGUUCGACUCUGA